AUCUCCAUUUUCUUCUCCUCUCACGCAGUGUCUCACUCACCCCAGUCACACCAUGGAGGUUGCUACAGCAGCUUCUAGCUUCGCACUCAACAAGCCCAUGCUGGCAUUGCCCUCUUCAUCUCGAACUGUAACCCCAAUCAGAUGCAUGAACACCUCCACCUCCCCCGUCAGGACCUCUCUCUCUACCAGCUUCGUCGCUCCUUACGCCGGAAUCUGCAGCGCGUCUAGCCCUUUCUCCGGCCACAAGCUCCGUCCCUCCUCCCUCAAUCCGGCGUCGUUUCUUGGCUCCAACGCUAAACGAGGCGUCGUUACCAUGGUUAUUCCUUUUCAACGAGGAAGUGCAUGGGAGCAACCUCCACCGGACUUAGCUUCUUACUUAUACAAAAAUCGAAUUGUUUAUUUGGGCAUGUCUCUUGUUCCAUCUGUUACUGAGUUGAUACUAGCUGAAUUUCUUUACCUUCAAUAUGAAGAUGAUGAUAAGCCUAUUUACCUAUACAUAAACUCCACUGGGACAACUAAGGGAGGUGAGAAGUUGGGUUAUGAGACUGAGGCCUUUGCAAUUUAUGACGUGAUGAGGUAUGUCAAGCCUCCUAUUUUUACUCUUUGUGUUGGUAAUGCUUGGGGAGAAGCAGCGUUGCUUUUGGCUGCUGGUGCAAAGGGAAACCGUUCUGCUUUGCCAUCAUCAACAAUAAUGAUAAGACAGCCAAUUGCAAGGUUUCAAGGUCAAGCAACAGAUGUUAACCUUGCAAGAAGAGAAGUCAAUAAUGUGAAGACAGAAUUGGUUAAAUUGUAUGCAAAGCAUAUGGAAAAAACACCUGAGCAGAUUGAAGCUGAUAUCCAGCGUCCAAAGUAUUUUAGCCCUAGUGAAGCUGUUGAGUAUGGCAUCAUAGAUAAGGUUAUAUACAAUGAUAGGGGUACUGAAGAUCGUGGAGUUGUUUCUGACCUUAAAAAGGCACGGCUUAUUUGACAGUUGGAAUUAAAAUGCCCUUUUCUUGGAGUUCAGAAGUAGAUCAAUUGAAAUGGAAGAAGAUCAAGAUCAGCAGUCAAAUUGUACAACCGCGCCAAGCAAGUAGCGGACAUUGGAGUCUCAUUGUUAAUAUCGUAGACUACAUUUCCCUCCCCCAACAAUAUAGGCUGAAGGAUCUACCAUUACUUGUUUUCUAAUUGUACACAUGAUUGGUUUCUGUUGUGCACAUCACAUUAUUGUAUUCUGGUUCAUUCUAAUUCAAAAUGUUUUUCUGUCAAAUUAAUGGCAAUGUAUGAGAAUUGAUAUUGGUCGAGUGUA